GCGCUGCAUUCCCAAGACCCAUUGCCUGCAGCAAUAUGGCUGCGCCCAGGUAGUCCCCGCUGCUCCUUUGAGGGACUGCUCAAGUCGCUUCCCCUGAGGUCAUCGGCACGAUGGCGCUGCGGGCGCGGAGCGGGGACCUGUUGGCUCUAUGCAGGAAGCCCGGAUUUCGCUUGGCGUUCCUCACCACCAGCCCCAACCCGGCCCCGGCGCUCGAGGGGGACACGAAGGAAAAUGAAGCAAUCGCGCCAGAAUUUACCAACCGGAACCCCCACAAUCUAGAGCGCUUGGCUCUGGCCAGGAAGGAACGGGGCUGGGCCACUGUGUGGCCGCCCCGGGCCUAUUGGCACAGGUUGCGAAUUCGGCGCACCCAGCACCACAUAGAAGCAUUUGUUGAGCAUCACAAUGGGGAUGUUGUGGUUUCAGCCUCUACCCAAGAAUGGGCAAUUAAGAAGCACCUAUACAGAACUCGAAGUGUGAAUGCUUGUGAGAACAUUGGAAGGGUUCUGGCCCAGCGGUGCCUGGAGGCGGGAAUCAAUUUCAUGGUCUUCUAUCCCACACCUUCGGAAUCAUCCUCUGAAUCGGCAUGUUGUUUCGAAGUUACUUAGAUGAAAGUGAAUUGUUUUUAGAUAAGAUACAGCGAUUUCAGAAUGCUAUGAAGGAAGGUGGGAUGGUACUACAGGAACCCCGAAGAAUCUAUGAAUAAAAGAAAUUUCAUUUCUUUUGGACUUUUAACUUAAACAAUCAGCUGAUACCCUUUUAUUUGUGGGAUAAUCAUCUUGGUAUUUUACAGUACAAUAAAUGUGAUACUUUUUAAUGUU